AUGGCUGCUAAGCUGCUGGAAGUUGGGGCUGAUAUGGAUACCAAUUCACCAUCAAUUAUUGAAGCUCAGGAUGGAAAUUAUGCUGAGAGGUCAACUUCAGCUCAGACUGAUUCUUGCUUGCCAGAUCCACAUCUGUUUACCAAGGAAGGGAGAAAAGAUUACAACAUAUAUGGCAUACCCCUUUAUCGAGCUGCAAUGAACGGAGACAUCGAAACGGUUAGAUCCAUUGUUUCCACAUAUCCAUGGGCGGUACGACAGAGUAUAACGGAAGGAAUGGAGACUGUUCUUCACGUUGCGACGGCGGCGAAACAAAUUGCUUUGGUGAAGAAAUUGGUAACUGAGUGGAUGCGGCCUGUCGACUUGAAACUCGAAAACAAAGAUGGAAACACUGCUCUUUGUUUCGCCGCUAUAUCCGGAAUGUUGCCACUGGCCAUAGUUAUGAUCAAGCUGGAAACCAGCUUACCAAAGAUCAGAAAUAAAGCAGGGGUGACUCCUCUCCAUUUAGCUGCUCUGUUAGGACAUAGAGAAAUGGUUCAGUACCUCUAUCAAUGCACCGAUGACGAUUUGACUGAUCCAGAACGACAUGGGAUAUUCAUUAUUUGUAUUAGAAAUGGUCUCUACGACGUGGCCUUCAAUAUGCAAGAAAAGUACCCGCAACUAGCUACUACUCGAGGCUCAUUUAAUGAGACAGCUCUGCACGUGCUUGCUCAAAAGCCUGCGUUGUUUGUCGACGAAAACCCAAUUGGGAUGUGGAGGAGAAUAAUCGUCAAUUUUUCAGGAUUUGCUCAUCAUAGCUCGAAGCUAAGUCAGGCCCUUCGACUUGUGGAUAGCGUUUGGAAAAAGGUACUACAGUUAGAGCAUGAGAUGAUGUGGUGCUUAAUUGAGCAUCCUUCAAUCUUAACACUAGAUGCAGCAGAAGCAGGAAAUGUCGAAUUUCUAAUUCAGCUUAUCAACUCUUAUCCUGACCUGAUAUGGAGGGUAAACAAAGAUAAUCGCAGCAUAUUUCAUGUUGCCAUUUUAUAUCGUCAUGAGAGUAUCUUCAGUUUAAUCUAUGGCAUAGGUUCCAUUAAAGAUUUGAUUGCAACAUAUGAGGAUGAAAACAAAAACAACAUGUUGCACUUAGUUGCCAAGUUACCCCUUCAAGGUCGACUCAAUCAUGUAUCAGGUGCUGCUCUUCAAAUGCAACGAGAAUUAUUAUGGUUUAAGGAGGUGGAAAAGGUUGUGCAACCUUCGUGUAAAGAAAUGAGAAAUGCUGAAGGAUUUACACCUUGGGAUUUAUUCGUUAAGGAGCAUGAAGAUUUAAAAAGAAGGGGAGAAGAUUGGAUGAGAAGAACUUCACACUCGAUGCUAAUGGUUGCAACAUUACUAUUCAUUGUAGUAUUCGUUGCAAUACUCACUCUACCAGGUAGUUUACAGAACGAUGCAGCAAAUCCUAUCAUCCUGCAGAAGAUUUCAUUUAAAAUCUUCAUCAUAUCGGAUGCAAUGGCAUUAUUCUCCUCUGCUUCGUCAAUCUUAAUGUUCUUAUCAAUCCUCACUUCGCGUUUCGCCAAGGAUGACUUCGUUAAGCGACUACCAUGUAUGUUGUUGCUUGGAUUGGGGACACUCUUCGUCUCCAUAGGGAUGAUGGUGGCAGCUUUCACCGCAACUAUUUUCUUAAUUUAUCAUCAUGGAGCAAUAUGGAUCCCUACCCUCAUUUCCAUUUUUGUUUCCGGCCCGAUUGUGCUAUUUGCUUCGUUGAAUUUUCCUCUUUCUGUUGAUUUAUGGAACUCAACAUACGGCUCAAGGUCUCUGUUUUGUGGUCGUAAGCAUGACAAGCUUUUUUAA